CUGUUGUUGUCCUGUUUUGAAGCCCUCUGUCCUGGCAUCCCCGCUCUCCUUUAUUUCUCUCUCCUCCUUCCACUCACACUCCCUUCCAGAGUGGAACAUCUUCCUCGACUGACUCCUGUCAGGUCCUGUCGGCGGCAAUAGUCUUUUGGGAGCUCCGUGGAAGCCAGAAACCAUGCUGACGUUUUUGGCGCUGGCGUCGGUCGUCCUCCUGGGAAUAGUGCCUGAGCAGUCCCAGGCCAUAGUGAUUUACACCGGCUGGGAGCGUCACGCCCUGGUCGGCUCCGACAUCCGGCUGUCCUGCUCUUUCUUCUCCUGGCGCUGGACCUCCGAGGACGUCACCUUCUCCUGGACCUACAGGCCCGAUGGCUCCCGGGACUCCAUCUCUAUCUUCCACUACACCGGUGGGGCCCCCUAUGUCGACAACAAGGGCCCAUUCAGGGACCGGCUGGAGUUUGUGGGGAACCCUGGCCGCCGUGACGGCUCCAUCCUGCUCAAGAACCUGGACUUCAACGACAACGGCACCUUCACCUGCGACGCCAAGAACCCCCCUGACAUAGUGGGCCGGCCCUCCAGCGUCCGCCUGCUGGUCUUUGAGAAGGUGCCCAUCCAGGCUGGUGUGAUCACAGGAGCCAUCAUCGGGGUGGUGCUCGGCCUGCUGGUGCUCAUUGUGGUCAUCUACUACCUGAUGAGGUUCCUGGUGGCGCGCCGCGUCUUCAGCCUCAGUGUCAGCAAACAUGGCAAGAAAAAGAAAGAGGGAUCACAGCAGAGACAGGGCCCCGUGCCUCCCGCCGACCCCUCCAAGGUGAAGGCGGCCGCCUCGGAAAAGAAGAAGCAGGAGUCACGCAAGGAUAAGAAAUAGGAUACGGGGAGGGGCUGGGGCGGGCUCGCCGGCCGGCUGCUCCAGCCCGUUCGCCAGGCGGUGGCGAAGGCCCAGCCCAAGCAGCAGCUGCAGCGAACCGUAGUCAGAAAGACAGAGAAGGAGGGGGGAGGAGGGGAGGACGGCUCUGGGCGGGUGCUGAUGACCAUCGAGCUGGAGCUGACCCGCACGAAUGGGGAGGAGAAGCCCGGCGGCGAGGGAGGGACAAGGAGGUCCAAACCGCUUGGCUUCCUCUCCCAGCUCGCCAACCGGCUCACCUUCAAAUAACAGACCAGUAGGGAGGGGAGGGAGGGGGAGCCGCCGAGGAUAAAAUCGUGGGAAGUCCAUAGAGGAGACAGCAGGAGAGUUAAACCACAAACCAACUUUACGCCCACCACAACGCCAACCUGAGUCCCUGAAUAAAUGAGUCCAAUCGUAUCUGCUCUUGUCACAGGCUGAAUACUGUAGACACAGCUAUACGGGCCGAGAUCUAAGAUGCCGUGAUAAUCUCUUACACCAGCCGGCACCCUGAGCGCUUUUGUCAGGUCAUAAGAUAUGCCAUUUGAAGCGAGACCCUAAGACGGCUGGGUUUGAUAACAAAAUCUAAAAAAGCUGCUCCCCGGGUUUUGCCUUUCUGGUUCCCUUCAUUGUGAUCCUAUCCACCGGGAAAAAAAAAAAAAAAGAAGAAAGCUUUCUCCAAGUGCGUCCGAUACGCAUCACCAAAUCCCAAGCUACGGGGACAAGCCAAUUUGCUUUUUUUCGGCGGCGCCGUGUCAAACUCUAACUUUGUCCCUUCACACUGAUCUUCAUUCUUUUUCCUCUCCUGUCCCAUUUCUCCCUCUGUCCCUGUGAAUUUCCUGACUUUCUUGUUAAUUCAGAUUACAGAAGUGAUUUAUAUGCUAACCGCUCUAUCCUCUUCUUCUCUCACUUCCCUUCCCUCUUCUCUUCCUGUUCUUUCUCCUAUAGAUAAAGGUCUGACUUCUCCAUGACUGCCUCCACUCCUCUAGUCUGCUCCCUCCUUUACUGCCCAGCCUGAUGCGACCCCCAUUAUUUCCCAUUAUCUCUACUCUUUCAAGGCAGCACUGGCCGUAAGAGUAGUCCCACUAUAUCAGCGGCAAUAGUGUCAAAUAAUUUUUACAACGUCUCACCGGAGAGACCCCCGUAUGCGCUCAUUGGGCAAACUGUAAAACUGUUUAGGGCCUAACUACACACAUAACAUCCUUAAGAGGAACCCGAAAGACAUCCCUCUGUGUUUAGCCCCCCCUGAAUCUUCCCCCUUAGUGUUUACGACUCAAUCACCCACACUGAGCGGAGCUGCGAGUGCACUCUGGACUUCAGCUGGAGAAAAAGAGAGACAGAGAAGGAGAGGAGAGUGAUAGUGGGAGAGAAAUAUGAUUCCUGCUCUCAGCCGGCGUAGAUAGAGGUUCAAGCCCUCGAGCUCGGGGUGAUUCAAUCCUCUCACAUUUGAGCUAAUGGAGGUUGUCGCCGUGUCCCUGCCCCGGCUAAAGGGGGCUAUUUCUGGCCCUAUAAGAGCGUGCGGGCUUACUGUAACAGCUGCACAUUUUUCAGCCUACGGGGGGAGGGGCAGGGGGAGGCGAGGAAGAGAAAGGGGCGGGUGUGUGGGGCGCCCGCUGUUUCUGUUUGCGCCACGAGGCUGUCCGCUGUCGACUCGACGGCCGGCGACCGACAACCUGGAAUGACGUCACGGCCCCCGAGGGGCUGGCGGACGCUCUCAGGAGUCCGACAGAAGGGUUUACCAGGAAGAAGUGCAGCUUCUGCGCUCUCAAGAGUUAUUUUAGGUCCAGUUAAUCCGCCCGCACGUUUCUCCACACCAACCCAGGGCUAAUUAUUUUAGCACGUGCUGGCAACCAGAUAUCUCUCCCUGCAUCUCCCUCUGUCCCUCCUCUGCUAUCUCCUCUCCUGUUAUUCACUCUUCAUCUCUGCGCCCAUCAUGGGAUUCAUCUUCUCUCUCCAAAGCCCUGUUUCGUUCUCUCUGUCCUUAAGUCUUUCCUUAUCCUUUAUCUCUUCCUCCUUCCUGUCGUCUGGUGACUCGGCACUGCAUUAUUCCCCCACAGAAAAGGCCUAUACACAAUCCACUCCCCUCUUUAAGCCUCUCCUUAUCUGACUGCCAGGCCUACAGCUCAAUGCUCUGCUCCUCUCUCCUCUCUCUUCUGUCCUCCCUCCUUCUUCGUCUUCUCCUCCUCCUCCUCCUCCUUGUCCUUCCCCCUCUCUCUUUCGAACUCGGUGACGGACAUUCUCCCCUCCCUCGGUUUUGCCCGGUGAUCGACGAACGCCCUCUCGCUUGCUCUUCAAAACGCCGCCUCCCCCCGGAGGCACGUCCCCUGCCAGCCCUCCAUCCUCCGACCCUUUACUGUCUUUUUUUUUCUGCUGGUUCGAAUGCCAAAAUGCUCUCCUCUGCCCCUCACUGGUGGCGGAAGCGAACACAUGGGCAGAAAUCCGCCUUGAGUUCUCACUGAGGACGCCAAACAGAAACUUAUAAUCCAGCUAGCUCUCUUCCGGUCGCAAAUACGACGCGUGUUUUAUGUAUAUGUGUGUCUUGUUAAAAAUGAGAUUUGAUAUAAAGCAAAAAAAAAAACAACCAACAACUGUAUAUCACCCUAAGUAAAGCAAAUAAUGUUUUUCUGAGACAUUUUUUUACAUGCGUACACAUGUAAGAACAUGUUUACCGAGGCAGGGAAGAAAUGUAGUCGCAUCCGAUGGAACAUGUCAUUAUAUUUCUGACCUUUUUGUGUUAUUGAUGGUACUGUGUGGCUGUCCCUUCGGUGCGCGUUUUUAUUCCGAGACGAAGGGAAAUUAAACCGAGGCGGUGUCAGAGAAGGAGAUGAGGGGCGGAUAAGGGUUCGGUUAGCCUGAUAUUCGGCGAGAUGUGGCCGGGGAGAGAAAAAAGGGGGAGGAAGGCGCUUGCUGUGGGAGAUAGCUUUGGGACGAAGAGACUUAUCUGGCGUGUUAAGCCAAGCCAAAAAUCCAUAUGUAUCACCACAGAUAGAGCCUGCUCUCCCCCCCAGAGCUUUCUUUUUAAAGGUGCUCCCUCCUCUAACCCUGAGCCAAAGAUGGAUUGCGAUCCGCGUGCUUGAUAUGCAGGGUGGAUAGUAGACUUGAAUGUUCCUUUAAAAUUCAUAACGGAAAUGGAGGUGCUAAAAAAAAAAUCCACGUCUUUGUAACUGGAGAUCUGUUUCACUAGUCGCUGUUUAACUAUCCAGUCGCAUGGAUCAGUUAGAAUGUUUUGUUUUUUUGUUUCCGCAAAGCCACACAGACACCUGACAUAAGACACUGCAUUAAAACCGCCUUUUAAAAAGUGUUUUGUAUGUAUCAUGAACUGAAUAUAGUUUUGCACAGUAACAUUCCUUCUUUUGAAAUGACUGGAGCUUCUUACGUCUUUUUUUUUUUUUUUUACAUUUAUUUUAAUGCUUGACGAUAAUUCCAGAGCACUAACGACUUUCGAUGACUCUGUACAAUAUGUUGUAAAGAACGUAAAUAAAAAUAAAAGCCCCGAGCGCAGCUGUCAUCAACAGAGGACAAAGUAAACCCAGCUGAAAA